AUGGCUGGAUACGGAGAACUCGCCACUGACUCCUUUGAACUUAAGAGGUUCAUGAUCCAAGAAGCGCAUGAAAAAGCCUUCGAAAUCAAGGUCAUGAGCCAGAGACUGUUCGAGAAAGAAAAAGCUAACAUUAUUAGAGAAGGCAAGAAAAGAGUAGAUGAAAAUCUUGACAAAGAACGCACAAAGCUCCAGACCGAACUCAACAUCAACAGGAGUUCCAAAGUCAACAAAUACAAAAUGAAGAAAAUGAAUGUCAGAGAUGCACUCAUGAAGGAACUCGUCAAAGACACGACUGCGAACUUUUCCGAGAACUUUGCAGACCCCGAAAGUGAUGAGUAUCGGGAGAUCCUCAAGAACUCCAUUCUGCAAGGCCUCAUCAAGCUGCUCGAGCCUAAGGUGCUGAUCAAGUGCAGAGAGAAAGACGUCGAAGUUGUCCAGGGUCUCAUCGAAGAAGUCCAGACUGAAUUCCAAGAAUUAAUGCAGCAGGAGACCCAGAGCGAAGACUACACUGUCGAACUCGAAAUAAUAGAAGGGAGUUACAUCAAAGAAGAGUCGUCAGCAGGCCAGUGCGGAGGAGUGGUGCUGUGCAGUGCAGAUAAAUUGAUAGUGUGUUCGAACACGUUGGAUGAAAGGCUAUCCCUAUGUUAUGAGGAGUUCCUUCCAGUGAUUAGAAGAAAACUUUUCCCUAAUACUUAA